AUGGCUGCGGUUAUGGCGAAGCCUGCGGGGACGGCGACCAAGAUGAAGAAACCCCCUCCGCCUCUUGUUCAGACCAAUUUGAACGGUAUCAAGCCCACGGCGCCGUCCUCUUCGCCUUCCAGUGCGCGGAAGACUCUUCCUGGACAGAACCCGACGCCAACGUCUACGACCAGUAACACCGCCAUCGCAAAUACCGCCGCCCGACCGAAUCGACGAGUACAGCGCUUGACGACAAGAAAUAGCACGGCUGAUGGUGGACCUCUGGAUAAGCGGGCUUCUAAGAAAUAUCCGGAGCCUCAUGUCCCCAAAGAAUCCCACAUUCUCCGCAAAUACAAAGGGUGCGCGCCCUCUCUAAUCGUACACCUUCAUCCUACGCAUUUCCGGUUCGAUCAGCAGGAUGGUAGCUUCAGUUACCACUCCGAGAUGCGUGUCUUCAUUGAACAUCUGGCCAGAGGCACGAUUCCACAUGAUAUGGUAGAAGAGUUUCGGAAGUCGGAGGUAAAAUACUACGACGGUUGGCUCAUUGUGCGGGUGGUCGACCACAAGUCAGUCGCAAAGGAUGCUGCCGCUUCUGGUGCCGCUGCAGACGACGAAAAACCAUUUUCCAUCCACAACUAUAACCAGUACAUAACUCCUUCGCCCUACGCACCAUACCCUACGAAGGAACAGUCUGUUGCAAAGUCCCCUCCCCUAAAACAAGAACAGACCUCGAACGACAGCAGGGCCCAUCCCAGUUCCGACGAUACCAUCGAUGUCGCGCCCAAAUCAUCAAAACCGCAGCCGAAGGUCUAUCACGUCGCCCUGCGACCCACCAUUCUCUCCCGACACAUGGAUCUCGUCAUUGAUGCCAUGACUCCAGACCCGAAGUCACUGAAUCGGAAGCAGUCACAAGCAAACGUAAAUAGCCGUGCACCCGGAACUGGUGCUCCGCAGACUCCGAUAUCAGCCAUUCCACCGACUCCAUCGACUGAAAAAGGGCCGCCCUUCAAGAAGAUAAAGUUGAAGAUUGAUCCCAAGGAUAUGCUUGAGUAUGAAGGGAGGGUGGUAAAUGCGACGGCCCCUCCUUUGUAUCUAGAGCCUGUUGAGAGCCUGGAGGAAGCGGAAACCCUCAUGACCCAGCUGAGAGAUCCACUUCACGACCAACGACCACCAUCACCUAAGAGCCGAAAAAGGACAGUUGCUGAAUUGGCGGCAGAUGACGCGCAUGCCAAGGGACAAGAACGAUUUAUGCUUAUCAUGGAUGAGCGUACUGCGGGUACUAAUGGUGCUGCAAAUGCUGCUGGAGUGGACGGUCAAGCGGCCGCCGCUCUCUUCCAGCCCCGUUUCGAGAAGUUCAAUGCUCUUGAUAACAUCAAGCGAGAAAUUGCCGAGCGCAAGCAGCGUGAGAAAGAUCGGCAGCUUCAAGAAGACGAAAAUAGAAGAGGCCAGCAAGAACGGCUCCAGGAAGAGGAGAAAAAGCGAAUCAUGAUGCAACGUGCGCAGGAAGCACGAAUGCUGCGAGCUCGUCAGCAAGAAAUGGCGGCGGCGGCAAUGCAGGCCCAGCAGGCCCAGCAGCAGCAACAACAAUUACAACAGCAACUACAGCAGCAGCAGCAACAACAACAACAGCAGGCCGCUCAAGUUGCUCAAAGGCCCCCCUCUCAGCAAGUCAACGGCAUACCCCCGAACAUGCAGACCCAAAUCAUGGCCGGUCAACAGCGGGGAUCGCCUAUUAUCCGUCAAGGCACCCCACUCGCGGCGUCCUCACCUCUUGUUGCAAAUGCUGCUCAAGGCGGCGUGCCCAUGGCGAUGUCUGGUUCUCAGCAGGGGCACGGAUCUCCGCCAAGACCAAGCUCGGCCGUACAGCACGGCCACCCCAGUGCACCUAUGACCCGGGCGCCCAGUACUCAGGGCCCAAGUCGAAAUGGCACUCCACAGAUACCUCACGGUACACCUGCUCAAAGGAAUGCCACCCCGAUCAUGCGACAGAAUACUCCUGCGCAGCCCGUUACUCAUGGUAGCCCUCACGGAGCUACUCCACAAAUGGUAGCUGCUGGGAUGAUUCCCGGGAUGCAAGCGCAGAUGCCAAACGGUGUGCCCAGACAGAUGAAUCCUCAACAACUAGUUGAGAUGCAACGACGCCAUGCUAUGCAACAACAGGCUGCCGCGCAGGCCCAGCAAGCAGCGAUGCAGCAGCAAAUGGUCAAUGGAACUCCGCAAAUGUCGCCUGCUCAAGUGGCGCAUAUACAGGCACAACAUCACGCACAGGUGGAUCGGCAAGCUGCAAUAGCUCGCCAAGCUGCUCAACAACAGCAGCAGCAGCAGCAGCAACAGCAGCAACAGCAGCAACAGCAGCAACAGCAGCAACAGGCAAUGCAACAACAGCAGCAACAACAACAGCAGCAACAACAACAGCAGCAACAACAACAGCAGCAACAGCAGCAAGGGACUCCGCAAAGCGCACACAUGUCACCCAAUCCUGCCCAAAGUCAGAAAGCCUACAACCAAUCUGUUGCCGAGCAUGUCAAGGCUCAAAUGCAGAGCCUGCAGCAAGCGCAAAAUCACGGAUCUCCAGCGCCAAAUCACAUGACUCCUCAGCAGCAAGCAGCUCAGCUAGCUCACGCACAACAACAGCAACGAAUGAUGCAAGCAGUCCAAGCCCAAGCCCAAGCCCAGGGACAGAUGAUGGGACAAGGAGUACCCCAUCCCCAACAACGGCCGCAGGUGGAUCCUCAACUCAAACAACUAUUUCAGCAGACUCUGCAAAGCUAUACACAACGCUUCGCACAACAAGCUGCGCAAAAGUAUGGUGGAAACGUGCAAAUGCUGCAACCGCAGGAAAUGCAACAUGUACAAAUGCAAGCUCAGAGGUUCGCACAGGCGGCAAUCCAGAAGCGUCAGGCGGCAAUGAAUCAAAUGGCGCAGAUGCAACAAGCUCAGGUGCGACAACAGAUGGCACAACAAGGCGGUGGAAUGCAGAAUGGUAUGAUGAAUAUGCAGAAUAUGCAGGGAGUCAAUCCAAACAUGGCGGCGGUGUUGCAGCAGCAGCAGGCGCAACAUAUGCAGCAGAUGCAGAUGCAACAUGCUCAGCAGAUGAUGGCGGCUCAACAACAACAACAACACCAACAGCAGCAGCAGCAGCAACAACAACACCAACAGCAAAACAUGCAGUUCCAGCAGAGAUAA